AUGAUUGACUAUGCAACUCUCUUACCUAGUCCGCGCAACACCAAAGUCCCCGUCCUCGGCCAUCCCGUAUGCGAAAAAACGCCGUCUAAGUUGAAGGCAAUUUCCGUGUUCAAGAAAGGCUCUUCGACAAUCAAUUCUCACCAUGGCCAAUAUACAGGAAUGGCCGAGAGAUCCCACGAGUCGGAGCCGCCGUUACCACUCACUAAAUGGACAGAGUUGCCGUACAAGUGUCUGCUGGAUGUAUCCGUAAGUCAAAGCGUCAACCUGAAAGUCUCGGAUACUUCGGACCUGCGGAAUACCGCGCAGCAACUCAUUUCCUCCAGGCUUUCCAUUAGUCUGACAUUAAUUGCAUCUUAA